GCCGUACUGCGACAAAUGCAGAUACAUUUACUGGGUCCGCAGUGCGACAAUUUUACUCCGGCGCGCUGGAAGUUUGUGGAGGGAAUGGGAAUGGAUCAGAACCCUUCAGCUCAGGAAGUCACUUUCAGAGCUCUGUGUCGAUAUGUUUUUCUCAACACUAGUAAGGGACAAAUGGUUGCGUUCAGAGCGUUUGACAAGUAUCUACGUCGCAAGUACCCAACGACAUUCAGUUGCAAGCUAAGCUUCCAGCAAUUACGCCAGGGUAUGGUUGCAAUAUCAAGAACGUACGUGAACAAGAAUGUGACCACGGACCUGUACGAAUCGAUGGUACAAGAGAUUAUGUUUGGCCAUGCAGCAAAGACAAGUCUUCAGAACUAUGGAGUGGAUAGUUUUUCGUUGAGGUCUGUGAGCGGAACAACCGCAACCUACCUCCAAAGCCGCGCGUCCACCGAGUGGCUGGAAUGGAUAGGGUUUGAGCGGAUAACGAAAGUAGAAAAACCAAACAAAAUGCUAGAUGGGGUGCCUCGUUCGGUUCCCAUUAGAUGUCCUGACGACCUGAACACAGCCGGAAAAGAAGUGUAUGGAGACGAUUUCCGGUUUCGUAAAGGACAGUUUUCCGUGUGCGUAGAGAUGUACUUGUCAAACGUGCCCUCGCUCGCCAUAAUUGCCCCACCUGGGUACGGUAAGACGGUACUAUAUCAAGUGCCCAUGAAGGCGCUGCAAGCGAAGCCUGAUGUAAAGUACGUUUCCUUUGUGUGUGUUCCAUACACUGUGUUGGAAGCGGGAACACUAACGCGGAUGAGAAACGGGGGACUGCUAGCCAACAGUAUCAAGUUCUUUCUUGAGCGGGGUCAUGACGGUAUCUCUGACGUAUUCAUAGGAACAUACAACGACGUUGCGAGCAAUGAGUUUGCUUUACAGAUUCGAGGGGUGGGAGUCCAUCUAUGGAUCGAGCCAGCAAGCGUCCACUCCACGCCUGGGGUAUCUUGUGAUUGACGAGUAUCACAACAUUGAGACCGAGGAGUAUAGACGAGAGACGUUUGAGCCCAUGAAAAAUGUAAACUUUAACAAGUUUGAAAAGGUGGUCUUUCUCAGCGCCACUGCGACAGAAUGGGAUAAUAGUAGGGCUGCGAUGUGCCGGUUGGGAUUCCCGGGGGUGCUUGAGGAUGGAGAGCACUUGGUUGCGGAGUGUGGCGAAAGUACGGCGUUGAUGAUGGAUUUCAAGACGAAGGUUAUCGACUUGGUGGACAAACCGCCGCUCGGCCAUAUCUAUAAGGAUAUAGUAACUUCCAAGAACUCGCCCAAGGAAGCCUUGGAACUACUAAAGAGUCUAUUUGCCCUUGAGCCGCAUGCCAAGGCUAUUGUAGCAGUGGGCCGCAGGGCCCUGGUGGAGGAGCUUGCAAUUGAGUGGAACAGAUAUUUCAACAUUCUUUGGAUCCACGGAGACUUGUCAUCGGAGGAAAAGACACGGCGAACACAAAGGUUUAUCAACGACGGGGGUAUGCGUGUACUCAUUGGAACAAAGCUUGUGUCCGAGGGAAUCGACGUUAAGGAGUUGCGAAUGGUUCUCAUUGUCGACUAUCUUCCACAGAUUGGAGAGUACAUCCAGUGCGCUGGGCGGUUGCGUUCCAACGGGUUCUGUUCACUGGUUUUGAAUAGCGACGAGCUGCCGUCACCAAGACAAAGGGAAGGGGAUGGUUCGAUGACAUUGGACUGUAUAACGUCACAGAUCCGCCAGUUCUAUGGGUUGUCGAAGCCUCACCCGAACAUAUUGGUUGCUGUGAUAGAAUGGACGGCCUGGAGGCGGAUACAUGCGAUCUAUUUCGAAGGGUCAAGCUGGGAGUGUCUAAACGACCCUCCGAUGACCUUGCUGAUGAAACACAACCCACAAGAAGAGAUAUUAACAUCCAGCGAGAAAAGGCGUUUCUGCGAAGGCGAUUCUACGGAGUUAAUGGGUAUACCACAGUGUUUCAGUACUUGCAGAUGGGUACCGAACAAAUCAAACAUCUUAUACUGUACGGGGUGGAUAUCAAGUUUCUUCCACCGGGUGUGUUCCAGACCCGCGAUACCUGUUAUGGAUGCGAGCGGUAUCCCGAUGUGUGUUUGUGUCUGAACAACGGGCCCAAGUUGUCUCUUCGUGGUCUGGCAGUUGAGGCGCUAGCGUUCAAGAGAAUGAUAUAUUCGGACAGCGAUUACCGUAUGGUUAUAGACAAGAUAGUUCACACUCAACUGGACCUGGUUGCGUUCCUUAAGGAUUUUGACGAGCGAAAGGGGGAGCUGAUGGUGCGAUUCCGUAUGAAGUAUGCAAGUUACCUGGAGCUGCUAUCGUCGGGAAAGGUACUGAAGAUGAGUAGGGACGCGGCGUUGCGGGAGUACCGUUUGUACUCUGGAUUAGAAAUAAAGAGAAAAUACUUUGAGUUGUGGGACAAUCUCUGCGAGAGGCAGAUGAGUAUAUUGGAGUAUUUUGGAAAACAUGAGGAGAAGAAAAGCGCCGAGCUGUGGAGUGGGAACAAUUUCGAGGCGGUUAUCGAGAAUGAGAAUAGCGCUUGGGAGCUGCGGCGGACGGGACCUCUAGCGUAUGUUGGGCCUGAGUAUAUAUCUGCGCAGUUUGGAUAUCGUGCGCAGGAAAUCAAGAAGUAUGCGUACAGAAUGUCAUGUGAGAUGGAGCAGAGAGAAUCGUUGGGAUAUGACGGUAGCAAGACGCCGAGAUGGGAAUUAUACCUGAUGAUGCAGAUCGGGUUGUUUAACAAUGAGACGUUUCGACGAAAUUUCAUUGGGAGGUGCGGGAGGUCCCUGAAGUGA